GGUUAAAAAAAAAAUCAAGCAGCACGAGUGAACGAAGUUAUCGGUCAACUAGUAGUAAAUCUUUAGAAGAAACUCGAUCAGAUACUAGUAUUUUAUCGAAUUUUUCUCUUAGUGAAUUAAAUUUUUCACAUAAUUUUGUUUCAAAUACUUUAUGGGGAAGUACAUUUUCUUCACCGGUGGAAGAUAUUUUGACAACAAAUGGAAAAGUUUUGGAAGUUGGAUGUGGAUUUGGUUAUUGGCUUACAGAAAUGGCAACUGCAUACCCAAAAUCAGAAUUUAUUGGUGCAGACUUGAAUCCACAAUCAUCAUGUACUUUUCCACCAAAUGCGAAAAUCAUAAAGGGUGAUUUACUUCAAUUACCUUUUGAAGAUGGUGAAUUUGACUUUACAAGAAUUUCUGGAUUUUCAUGUGAAAUUUCUGACAUUGAAUGGGAACAAGGACUUUCAGAAAUGACUAGGGUAACAAAGCGUGGAGGUUGGAUAGAAAUCUCAGAAUGUGACAUGUUUCCUCAAAAAAAUACACCUAAUACUAAAUUAUUGAUGGAUAAUUUUGUUGAUGCUAUAGAACUUCGAGGUCUAAACGGAAGGAUUAGUUCAAAAGUUGAAUAUAUUUUAUACAACAUAAACCAAUUGACAGAAAUUCAUUCUGCUAUAAAACCUGUAUUAUUAGGACCGAGAGGUGGACCUACAGGAAUUACAUUGCUGUUAAAUAUGGGAGUGUGGUUUCGUGAUGUAUGUGAUCAAAUUUUGACUGAUCAUAUGGGAAUUACGCAAGAAAGAUAUUUGGAAUUAUGGCAAUUUAGUGAAGAAGAAUUAGAAAAGAAUGAUGCAGAAAUGUAUUUCUAUAGAUGGUGGGGUCAAAAAAAAUUAGAAUGA